AAUACUCUAGUGAUAGCUCGAUUUAUCUAAAUCUGGAUGGAUUAAAGCCCCUGCUAGUGCUGAAGUGAACGCCGGAUUGUCCCCUCCCCGUGCGCUGCAGGCUGUGCUGCUUGGAGUGGUGGAGAUAGUGGGCGUAAAAGUUGGUCCUAUUCCUGCUAAUAGAUACAAAAACACGGAGUUGUGACAACGAAUCCAGCGGCCAAACCGACCAAGCAGUCAAACAAAAAACCACGGGAAAUGGGCAAACACAGAACUGCGCAGCAAGAUGCCAUAUUCAUCGCAUUUAUGGAGAGACACCCAAUGAUAGCCAAAAACUACCUCAAGGGUGAUAAGCUUGCAGCUGAGGCCGCCUGGAAGCGGCUUUCAAAGGAGUUAAAUAGCGUGGGUCCGCCAGUCAAAGAAGUUUGUGAGUGGAAAAGAGUAUGGAAAGAUUGGAAAAGCUGCAUUCGUAAAAAGAUUACCAAUAACAGGCUGGAAGAUUCAAAUGCCAGCGGCAAAGGCUCGCUGUAUCAGGAUACACUCACUGCUCUAGAGGAUGCAGUGGCCGUGAUCUGUGACUUGUAUGAUAUGUCCGACAGAGUAGUCGAAUCUCGUCCAAAGGCACGUCAAGAGAUUUCCAACAGUUUGCAACUGCAGGACAUUAAGACCGACAACGACGAGGUCACAGCCACAGAUGACGAUGAUGAGGAAGAAGAUGACUGCUACAGCCGGAUUAGUGACAGACGUAUGAGUGUGAAAUUGGAGCAGCACACUAGCACUUCGCAAACUCCGUCUGCCAAAAAGCGCAAGCUGGUAAAUGAUAUAAAUGCAUUAGAAAUUGAACAAGAGAGCACGGUGCCGAUGUUAAUGGACAUUGCAAAGGAGCUGCGGAGCAUGAAUAGACAGACUCGCUUGAACGCCCAGCGCACAGAAGCCAAUACGGACGCGCUUUUGGCUCUAGGCACACAGAUCUCAGACCUAAUGCAGCAACAGCUCAAGGAGCGCAAGCGGCUUAAUGCUAUAAUGGAGAAAUUUGUUCUAAAAAUGGAAACAACCGACUAGCUAGUUCUAAAGAAAAUAUUAAAAGUGUCCCCCAAGACCAAAUGUUUGACGAGGAAAGCAAGAUCUGUUCACUUUUUCAUUACAUUAUAAUUAAUGUAAACUAGGCGCAUAAUGGGGAACCAUGGGCAUUUUUGAGAGAUGUGAAACGCCGAUUAGCCAAACGAUAAAAUAAACAAUUUGCUUCCUUUGGCAAAUAUUUUGAAACUCAACAGA